UCGGACGGACGGUUCUGGUAACGAAACCGCCAGAGCCUUGAGGGCUGCUGGGCGGCCAGUAUGUUUCGCAUGGGUGGUACUUCGGGGUGAGGCAGAAACCUACCCAAACUCGGUGUUGUGAAUUGCAAGUGAAUCAAUGUUCAAUGUUUACAGCGUGCAAGAUAUUUCUCACAGCACUUUGAUGUCAUCUUUCUUCCUACUGUGCCUCAGUGCUUUAUUGCUUGAACGUUCCUGCGCAACUACUACUUGUCCUGAAGAUGUCGAAGCGCGCAUCGGCUCAAGAUAGCAGCGACGGCUGGGUGCGACGCUCGAACCGACAGACGAGACAGCCUCAUCGCCUGGGUAAUCUCGUGUCGCAUGACGAAAUUCAAGAGCGAGAGACGAUCCCGGCCAGCAGCCCUUCCGACCCUGUCCUUCUUCCUGAAAUUGACGAAUCAACGCUUCCAUUCUCGAUGCAGCAACCAGAAAUUGUCAGUAACGACUUGAGUGAUCCCAAGGAAUGUGAAGAAUUAUCGAAAUUCAUACCAAGCGACGUUAUCGAUGAGUGCCGGAAGAAGGGCAUUGCUAUCGAGUAUGAUCGCAAACAAUUCGGUAACCGACGACCUACAUGGAAUCGCCCUCGGCCCCGUCCUCGUCCUCGUCCUCGUCAUCGUCCUCGUCCACGUCGGACUUUGCCGGCUUUCGCCUCGGAUGCUGAUACAGCAAACAACGCUUUUUGGGGAAUCGUGCCACCACUUGUUCCAAAUCUUCCGACUGAGACCAGCACAGAGUUUACCGUCGAUUCCUCCGACGCGAUCGUCCAUGUGCCAUCACCGGAGACAGAUCCAAAGCCUCUGCCAGAAACUUCACGUUCUCGAUGGGUAACUGCACUCAUUCAGUUGCAGAGAUACCGCGAGGAGUUGGGCAUAACUUCUGAUGAUGACGAUGGUGACGAUGAUGACCUGCAAACUUGGUGUUGGUGUCAGAGAGGAGAUAUUGGAUCCGAGAGCGUCAAGUGUGGCAAUCCCGAUUGCACCACUGGGUGGUAUCACAAGCCAUGUCUAAACGUUCAUGAACAAUGGUUCUUCAAGCAAUAUGAACUAUGGAUGUGCACCAACUGUAUGAUCCCUAAGUGGAAGGCUAUCCUCGCUGAAGAGAGAGCCGCAAGAGUUGCUGUCAGUGACAAAUUACUUCAAGCCACUCCUGCUCCUAUGGACGCCCAUGUUCAUGCCGAGCCUGCUGCCGAUUCACACGCCGACAUUGGUGAAGGCACAACUCCUUCCAAACAUGAUACUGGUGCCGACACCGCUUCUCUCUCCAGCCAUCAUACUGUUCGCAACUCCGCUGCUCCUCACCUAAAUGGUGCCGACAACAUUCCCGCCACUUGUGAUGAGGUCAAUGGCUCUUUCACUCCUGCUGCGAGGACCAACGAUGCUUUGGCUGACACCUCCAUCCAUGUCGCUCCCCAUGACGUCCACGAAGCAAGUGUAGCUACAAGUACUGCUGGUGAUCAGGAUGGUGAUCUUUCCAUGGACGACUGGUCUGAAAACGUGUCUCCGAAGCAAGGGCCGAGUGCUAGCUCCGACACAAGCCCAGUGGCAGCCUCCAACCACGAAAUCCUGGUGGACAAUAUGGCGGCUCAAGCUGUGCACCAAUCUCGCACGAUCAUUGACCUUACAGAAGACGAUGAUGAGCAACCCCCACGCAAUCUCAUAGACCUUACUCAAGACGAUGACGACCACGAAGCGGCUCAUGAACCGCGACCGACGGCCCCGAUCGAAGGAGGUGGACUACAUCCUGCUCGUCCAUCUUCAAGCAUUACGAACACGUUUACGUCCUCACACGCACACAACCUACCUACCUCACAAGCCCUCCAGCAGUUUGCUUCCGUUGCAACAGUACAUGCAGCACCGCUUCCUGUCCCAGCGCCCCGUCCAGGUGCUAUCUCUAUGUCUGUUCACAACAUUACCAGCCUGCAGGCCUCAGCCAGAAUGUGGACUUCGAAUAACAGCUCAGUGCGACCACCUCGAGAAGGUCCAGGCAUCUCACUCAGAUACAAGCACGGUCAGCAGCUCCCAGUCAUGUCAGCUGAGCGAGAAGAGCCCCGCUAUGUCCUCGUCCCUUCGUACAGCAGUCGAGGCGUGUUACGUGGUGUUGAAGUACCAGUGAAGAUCCUGAACUUCUUCUCUGGCACCCUCCGAGGCGUCAAUGGCUGUGAGAACCUAGCCUUCUUCGCUGCGGGACCGGUCGGGACCGUCAGCAUUCCUCAAGCGGAUCUCGUUCUCGUUCGGAACGUCGUUGACUUCCUGAAGGGCGAGUUCUUGUUCGUGGCUCUGUCCUUGAUGGACAUCCAGACAACCGCCCGCCAGAAGGAGGUCCUGUUGACCUAUGCUCAUAUCGCGCACCUCCUGGGCAUCGACGCCCUGAUGAAAGCGGCGUUGCACGCCCUUUAUGUCUCUGUCCUGCGCCGCCCUCAAGACUGGGCCGACCUCGAUGACAACCAGCGUGUUCUCGAGGAGUUCACCUUCUCGAACAACCCGGCUCGACGUCUUCUGAGCGGUGGCAGGCAGCACUCCAUCCUGCCCAAUGUGACGGGGGAGGCUGCCUUGCCCUGCGAGGAGGGUCGUCGCCGGGAGAUUUGCGAUGUGGGAAGCGGUGGCGCCCGGGUGUUGGGUACGUGGGGACCGCCAUUGGACCUGGUCCUGGCACCCGGUGAGGAUGAGGAGGGUGUUUGAGUCAAGUUGAAUGCUGAAGAGGGAGUAUGGCAAGGAUACAAUACGAAGCAAGAAGGAGAUUCUGUCAGGAGUACAUCACGUUUGUAGAAAGUAAGACAAUGGCAUUGAAAUGCUUGUUGGACUUCAUUGAGAUUGAGCCUAAAGUAAACUCAUUGAC